AUCGGCGUGUGAUUUCCAACUGCUGCUGCUACUACUGCUGCUGGUGGUGUCUAUUUACGUUCUGUGAUUUAUUUACAGCACUUCAUGACGUUUCCACUUUUGCACCCGCUUUUGUUUUGAUUCGACGGUGGCAAUAAUAACCGAAAAAAAAAAAACAACAACGACUAACGAAAUAAAAUAGCGGCAAAUUUCUAUGCUUUACGGCUAAAUGACAAUAACAAGAGAAUUUUGUUGCUGUCGCUGUUUUGAUGACGCUUUUGACAAGUUAAAAUAAUGAUCAAUGUCGCAUAAGAUUAAGCCGAGCGCAAUUUACGACAAUCAAAAGAGGAGAAAAAAAAAUUAACACACGUUCAAAUACCCGCAGAAAAGUAGUUGGGAUUCUACUUUAAUAAAGACCAAGCGAAAGCGCAAGAGAGAAUAGAACAGAAGUCUCAUUACGACGUAGGCACAGCGAAGCGGCGUUAACAUUCAACCACCCAGUUGUUUUUUGGAUAACUACCCAGCCGACUUGUGUGGUGGUAGUGGUGGUGGUGGGGGUUAAUCAUUCAUUAUCAGCAACAUCAUCGGAUUCAACUGACUCAUUUAACUACGUUGGGUUUUUAUUGCUCUCUUGCCUGGCUGGCUGGCUCUCCAACUCAUUGUUGCUGUGUCUCAUUGGUGAUGAUGACGAUGAGGUUUUUCAUAUAAAAUUUCCUGACAUUAAUGUAGAGAACUUUAGUCUAACGACAACAAACGACCCUGCGACAACGCCACAUCGAACUAGUAUUACACGCACACGAACGUCGUUACGCCGCGCAUUGCUACCAAAUUCGAGCGGAGGAGCUGGGACGAGAUCAAUUUUUUUCCAGAGACCAAACACACACUCAUUGCUAUUGAGAAAUCCCUCAAAAUGUGGUUUUAAGCUGAAUACAAAUUAGUUUGCAAAAAAAAAAAAAAAUCGAAAAUCGCAAAAAUCAUGAUCAAUCACUAACCGGAGUUCGUGGGAAUUAAAGUUGCGGAAUUUGGAGCAGUGGAUAUAAAUAAAACAAAAUAAAAAAAAUAAUUCCAAUAAAAAGAAAGAAACAUAAAAAUACAACAAUUAUUUAAGACGAAUUUUUAUGUGAGAAAAAAAAAACUUGCCAAAGAUAAUUUUAUAAAAUAAGAUUUUAUAAACAUCGAGUAAAUGAGAAUUAUUUGCAUAACACAAAUUAAGAACAAAAUCAUUGAGAAAAAAACUGAAAAAAUCAUUUAAAAAAAUCAAGACAAGUCAUACAUAACUACAAAAAUAAAUAUUUAAUAAAAACCAAAACAAAAUUUCAAAAAAAAAUAUUGCAACAUUUAAAACUAACCAAGUGAAUGAGAAUUACAACCCAUAAGCAACACACAGCAGCUUUACAAUUAGCCACCAAACACACAACUUAAUGCAACUGGGCAACUAACAAACCAAAGAAAUUUUAAAACUCUUUCCAAACAACAUCAAACAUUAAUUGAGAGCGGAGAGAAGUCUAAAGAGAGCUUUAGAAAGAGAGAUACUUUGGAAACUCUGUUCAAACAACACCAAACCUCAAUUGAGCGGGGAGAAGUCUAAAGAGAGCUUUAUAGAGAGAGAGAGAGAAAACUCAAAUAAAUCAAUGGAAUUUUAUUAAAAGAAACAAAUACAUAAAAAAAUGUUCCAAUUCUUUUUAGAACAACUUUGAAAUUCUCUGAAAUUUGAAGUCUGAAGUCCUGAAAUCCUAGAAGGAAAAAAAUCCGCAAUUAGGAAAAAGAAAAACAUCGAAAAGCUUUGAAGUCCAACCUAAAAGAGCCAUCACAAAAAAGGUAUCUCAGACGAGAUAUACAAUCCUGAAGACAAACUCAACAUUUGGCCUUGGAAACGCAGCUAAAGGAGAUAUAUCUGAUCUGAAAAGCUUAAAUAAUUUGUCAAAAGCUCUUUAAAAUACCAAAAAAAGGAAAGCUCUUUAAGCUUAAGUAUGCUCUAAGCAUUAAAUUGCAGCUAAAAGAAAAUUAAAAAAAGCUUUUUUUUUGAAAGAGAGUGGGAGAAGGCUCCGAAACAAUAAAAUCAACACUCAAGUUCGAGAGAAGUGGGAACUUUGCAAAAGCUUUCGCACUAGACAUCUAAGUUUUUGUUUGAUCCCCAAAAGGAACAUCCUUGAACAUUUCGUCCCGUCAAAAAUCAGCCGUCAAGUUCGUACCUUGGAAGGAGAGAGAGAGAGAAAAAAAAAAACUUUCAAAAGCUCAUAUACGUUACACGUUAAGGAAAAAUCAAAGCAUUUACAUACAUUUGAAAAGAGGAAGGUCCGAUCAAUUCGUCCCAUCAAAAAAUCAGCCGCCAAGUUUGUACCUCGGAAAAAGAGGGAGAGAGGAAGACAGUGAACUCGAAAAAAAACUUUCAGAAGCUCACACGUGUAACAAAGGAAGGAAGGUCUGUUCAUUUCGUCCAGCCAAGAAAUCAAGCGUUCAAUUCGUUACUCAGAGAGAAAAGAGAGAGAGAUAGUGAAAGACAGGAAAAAAAGUUGCGGAAUUUAAAUGAAUUCUGAGAAUUAAUAAAAAGCUUCGAAAACAUUUGCUUUUUCCGAAAAGAUAACUCAAAACAAGAUAAAGCGUGCAAUUCGUUCCUCAGAGAGAGAGAGAGAGAAUUCCAGAGCAGCCAAAUCUUUGAGUAAAUUGAAAAGAGAGCAUUCAAAAGCUCUCUCACCACACGGCAGAAAACUUGAAGUAUUUGCUUUCAAGGAAACACAGAAAUCUCUGAUUAUUUCGUCCUAUCAAAAAAAUCAAACGUCCAAUUCGUUCUUGAGAGAGAAAAGAGAGAGUGAGAGGGAGAGAGGAGAAGUGAAAAUAAAUAUAAUAGAGGAGAAUAAAUAGUUCUUGGGUUGCCAAGAAAUUUGAGUAAAUCCCAAAAAGCUAUCGAAAGCUUCCAAAUUGCACAGGGAGAACAAUCGUCCGCGGAGAGAAACCGGUGGUCAUUCGGUGGUUACGAAAACAUAACUCAAAACAAGAUAAAGCGUCCAAUUCGUUCCACGGCAGAAAAGUUGAAGUAUUUACUUUCAACCAGACAUCUCUGAUCAUUUCGUCCUAUCAGACGUCCAAAUUCAUUACUAAGAGAGAAAAAAGGAAGAGAGAGAGAGAGGAGAAGGGAAAAUAAAUAUAAUAGAGGAGAAUAACUAGUUCUUGGGUUGCCAAGAAAAUUUGAGUAAAUCCCAAAAAGCUCCCGAAAGCUUCCAAAUUGCACAAGGAGAACAAUCGUCCGCAGAUAGAGAGAGAGAAAUCGCCGAUCAUUUCGCCCUCCUAAAAAAUCAACCAUCAAAUUUCAGGUGGAAAACAAUUCGCCGAGAUUAGCCGAAGUUCAAAUUGGCAGAACUUAAAAUUUUUCGGAACGGAAAAAGCUUCAAAGAAAAGCUUUUUGCCUUAAAGUGAUUUUUAGUCUGAAACUGAACCGUUCCGAAAUCUAAAAACCCAAUUCUGAUCCCAAUUUCCUAACAGGGAAAAAGGGAAAACUCAGUUUUUAGUUGAAGUGAGGAGCUUUAAUCUCUUCAAAGCAUCUGUUCAGGCGGCUUUUAAAUAAACCAUUCAGAAAAAAUCGGAAAAUCUUUCAAUUUCGUCCUAAAAACUUCCAAGUCCCAGUCGAAUAACUAAAACACCCUCAAACUUUCGCCAAAACUUCUUGGAACGUAUUCUUCACCAUUUUUAGGUUCGCACCUCAAUCUCAACACAAUGCAAACCAGUAGCCGAGUGGAACCCACCACAGCCGAAUUGGCCGAGAGUCGAAAACUUCUUCACCGCAUACUACUGGAUCUGUUGAUCGUCAUAGUCCUCGUCAUACCCAUAGCUGUGUGUGAAUUUGCCAUUGAACCAUUUAGCCGGGGAUUCUUUUGCGAUGAUGAAACCAUACGUUAUCCUUUCAAGGAUAAUACAAUUACUCCUGUGCUGUUGGGUGUAAUUCUGGCGGUGCCUACCUUCCUUAUCAUUGGCAUCGGUGAAUAUGUGCGGCAGUAUAAAAAGGGCACCAUCAGUAAUACCAGAUAUCUGUGGGGUUGCCGCAUACCCAUUUGGUAUUGCAAUAUCUUCAAACAAUUGGUCUAUUUUGGGUUUGGAUUGUUAUUGACUCUGGAUGCCACGGAAUUGGGUAAAUACACCAUUGGCCGGUUGAGGCCUCAUUUUAUGGCCGUUUGCCAACCCCAGUUUUCGGAUGGUUCCACGUGUGCGGAUUCCUUCAAUCAACAUCGUUAUGUGGAGAAUUAUUUUUGCCUGGGCACGGGUUUCACAGCCGCCGAUGUGCGUCAGGCCCGACUCUCCUUCCCCAGUGGCCAUUCCAGUUUGGUAGUCUAUAGCAUGGUUUAUGUUGCCCUGUAUCUGCAAAAACGCAUGCACUGGCGCAGAUCGGAUUUGACCAGACAUUUCAUACAAUUCACCCUAAUUAUGGUGGCCUGGUUUACCGCCCUCAGCCGCAUCAUGGACAAUUGGCAUCAUUGGUCCGAUGUCCUGUGUGGCUCUCUGAUUGGUGUUGUGGCAGCUUUAAUUACCGCCAAUUAUAUUAGUAAGUUCUUCAAAAAACCCCACUCCGAGUUGGCCACGUUGCGACUCACGGGUGGUCUGGCCAGGCAGGAUACCUCGGCCACGCUCAAUGAAGUCUUGGCCCAUACACCACCGCCCUAUACCAUAGAUUCGGAGGCGGCUGCGGCGCCUGAUUUUACAAAUGAUCAAUACUGCACCAAGGUGUAAAGGGUCCUUGGCGGAAUCGAGCUUUAAAGCUUUGUAAAUAUGUUAAUUUUUGUUAAAUGAAAAAAAAUAUAUAGUAGCUAAGCUUAAGUUAUGCACAAAACGAAAAGCUUUUACACCAAACAAACAAACACACAACCACAUUCCAGCUGUUUAAUGCAGAACACAUGUCUCAUAGUAUUAUUAAGUUUUAAGUUGCUUUUUUUUAUUUUUAA